ACCAGCAAGAAGUCAUUGUGUCUAUAUUCUUUAUAUAAAAAAAAUUAGUAGAUAACAUAGUCUCGUGCUGUGAAGAAGUGUCGAAAUUUUUUGAAUAGUUUAAAAUGAACAGCAAAUUGAUUCUUUACUACCUUAGUGGCUCGAUGCCGUCUAGAGCUUGUUAUUUACUAAUGAAAACCUUGAACCUUGACUUUGAAAUUAAGGAAGUUUUCAUUCCAAAGAAGGAACAUUUCAGUGAAGAUUUUGCAAAAUUGAAUCCAUUAAAAAAGAUUCCAGUUCUUGUUGAUGACGAUUAUGUUUUGUAUGAGUCAAGAGCUAUUCUUGCUUAUUUAAUAAAUUCAAGACGUCCGGGAGACUCAUUAUAUCCAAUUGAUCCUAAAGAACGUGGGAAAGUUGACCAACGACUUUACUAUGAUGCGUCAGUCUUCUUACCAAAUAUGCUCUCUGUUAUCGUUCCAGUGAUCGUUCAUGAUAAGAAUGAAGUGUCACAAAAUUUGAAGAAACCAAUAGAAGAGUCACUGACCGUCCUUGAUAAUUAUCUAAAAGAAAAUGAGUUCAUAGCCACCAAUAACUUGACAAUUGCUGAUUUCUCAAUCGUUCCAAGUGUGACAACAGCUAAGGAGUUUGGAUUCGACUUAAGUAAAUAUCCAAAAUUGAGUGCUUGGCAUGACAAAUUAGAGAAGCUAUUGCCAGGAUUUGAAGAAAAUGUUCAUGGAAGUAAAGUUAAUGCAGCAUCAAUGAAAAAACGACUUGAUGGAGCAAUAUUCCAAUUUUGAGUUGACAGAAAUUUAUAGUUUGUCAUGUUCUUACUUAAUGCUUUUAUCAAUUUCUUAUCGCUAGGUAAAUAAAAGAAUUGAACUUUCAUUAAACAU